AUGUGGCGGACACUGCCCUGCCCGUCCUGGGACCCGCGGCAGGCCUGCCCCGCCUGUCCAGGGGAACGUGGAGGACACUGCUCGCCCGUCCUGGGACCUGUGGCGGGCCCGGCACGCCUGUCCUGGGACACGUCGUGGACACCGCCGCCCGUCCCGGGACCCGAGGCGGGCCUAGCCCGCCCAUCCCGUGACACGUGGCAGACACCACCCGCCCAUACCGGUACCCAGGGCAGACCAAGGCCCUUCCGUCACGGACAUGUGUCGGACACUGCCCGCCUGUCCCGGGACCCAGGCCAGGCCUGGCCUGCCCAUCCCGGAACACGUGACGGACGACUGCCCGCCCGUCCCGGGACCCACGGCGGACCCGGGCCCUCCUGUCUUGGACACGUGUCGGACGCCUGCCCGGCUGUCCCAGGACCCGCUACGGGCCUGGCCCGCCUGUACUAG